AUGGCCCUCCGCGUCCACCCCGCCUUGCCCCCGGGAACGCGCCCCUUGGCGAGUGUUACAGUAACUAGCGAACGUAAUAGAAUACCCUUGCCCCGCGCGCGCCUACUAUCCUCCGCCCACUCGCUAGCCGCCGCGUCCCCUUUCCGCACCGACUUCUGCGCCACUCCGCCAGGCGCAGCGCGCGCCCCCUCCCGCAGGCGGAGGGCGUGGCGCGCAGCUGCUGCAGCGGGCGCGGGCGAGGCGGAUGCGGGGACGUCCCCGCUGGUGACCGCUGCGGGCGAUGGCGCAGUGAGGGCGGGUGAGAGGCAAUGGCGCGGAAGGGGGGCGGGGGGGGGCGGCAUCCCACAUACCAAGGGCGCCUUCGACUCCCCGCGCCGGUUCGCUAAGAAGUUUGCUCGCACCACACUGCCUGGCCUUACAGCCCACUCCCCACCCUUCCCACUCCCCAUUCCCCCCUUUCCUCCUCUUCGGUCUCCGCCACACGUUCAGGCCUCUUUCGCUCACCUGAGUCAGGCGGAGUGGAGAGCGCGACGAGCGCCCACGGGCUGCCAGCGCCGUGUCAGCCACACGCUCGGGUCUCUUCCGCUCGCCAGACUCAGGAGGGGUGGAGAGUGCAACCAGCGCCCACGGACUACCCGCCCCAGCAGUGGCAGUGCGCAACCUGGUGGAGCAGGCGCAGUACGCACAGCUCUGCUCCAUCAUGCCAAUUCUGCCCCCUGCCGUUCCCCCCCUCCCAUUUCCCCCCUUCUCCCCACACCCCCUCCCAUUUCCCCCCUUCUCCCCACACCCCCUCCCAUUUCCCCCCUUCUCCCCACACCCCCUCCCGUCCCCUCUCUUCCAGUCUCCGCCACUCGCUCGGGCCUCUUCCGCUCGCCAGUCUCAGGCGGAGUAGAAAGCGCCACGAGCGCCCACGGGUUGCCAGCCCCGGCUGUAGCAGUGAGGAAUCUGGUGGAGCAGGCGCAGUACGCACAGCUCUGCUCCAUCAUGUCAAGGGGAAGGUGGGGAGGGGAACGGGGGCAGGGGGGGCAGGGAGUGGGAUGGAAGAGCGUGGGCAGUGGGCAGAGGAAGGGGAUAGGAGGGAAGGGCAGUCCGACCCGCGCUGCACCGCACCGUGGUGGUGCAGAUCGCACCUACCCCUGGUUGAGCGGCCUUGCCAACACCAACCUGCACCUGGGACCCACCUUUCUGAUCCCACCCACCUUUCCCUGCCAUUCCCUCCCCUCCCCAUUCCUCCCAGACCCGGUCUUCCUGCUCUCCCCUCUCGGCAUGCAUUCGCGCAACUUGCAAUCGGACCCGCGCUGCACCGUGGUGGUGCAGAUCCCCGGCUGGAGCGGUCUUGCCAAUGCCCGUGCCACCAUCUUUGGGGACCUCUACCCCCUGCCGCCCAGCCAGCAGAUCCCGGGGUGGAGUGGCCUUGCCAAUGCCCGCGCCACCAUCUUUGGCGACCUCUACCCCCUGCCGCCCAGCCAGCAGGAGUGGGCGCGGGGCUUCUAUGUGAAGCGGCACCAGCACGGGGCAGCGCAGCAAUGGGGCAACUUCCACUUUUACCGCAUGGAUACCAUCUGCGACAUCUACUUUGUGGGGGGCUUUGGCACGGUGGCGUGGAUAGAUGUGGCUGACGAUAUUUACUUUGUGGGCGGCUUUGGCACGGUGGCGUGGAUAGAUGUGGCUGAGUAUGUGGCUGCCACACCCGACACCGUGGCCACCAACCACGUGGAGCACACGCUGCAGGUGAUUACUGCUGAGGGCACUCAUUCUGUGCUCACAGUUACUGCUGAGGGCACUCAUUCUGUGCUCACAGUUACUGCUGAGGGCACUCAUUCUGUGCUCACAGUUACUGCUGAGGGCACUCAUUCUGUGCUCACAGUUACUGCUGAGGGCACUCAUUCUGUGCUCACAGUUACUGCUGAGGGCACUCAUUCUGUGCUCACAGUUACUGCUGAGGGCACUCAUUCUGUGCUCACAGUUACUGCUGAGGGCACUCAUUCUGUGCUCACAGUUACUGCUGAGGGCACUCAUUCUGUGCUCACAGUUACUGCUGAGGGCACUCAUUCUGUGCUCACAGUUACUGCUGAGGGCACUCAUUCUGUGCUCACAGUUACUGCUGAGGGCACUCAUUCUGUGCUCACAGUUACUGCUGAGGGCACUCAUUCUGUGCUUCCAGGAACUCAACGAUCGGCUGGGGGGAGGGGACUGAGGGCGGUGCUGGCAGGGUCGAGUGCGGAGCUCAACGACCGGCUGGGCGCCGAGCUGGGAGCAGUGCUGGCGGGGUCGAGCCCCCAGCAGGCCAUCGAUGACGCUUCCUCCCUUUCUCUAAUCAUAGGAGCUGAACGACUGGCUGGGGGUGGAACUGAGGGCGGUGCUGGCAGGGAACUCAACGACCGGCUGGGCGGGGAGCUGAGGGCGGUGCUGGCAGGGUCGAGCCCCCAGCAGGCCAUCGAUGAUGCUUCUUUCAUCAGCAUUGACAGCAAGGGGGUGGAUAUCCGCGUGCGACACGGCACACAGACCCCGUCCACUCAAUGCCAGCAACAGAGGCCACACACACUCGCACCCAUGCCCUCUCACUCCCCUCCCAAACACCCAAUCCACCCUCUGCAGUUCCACGUGCAGCGCCUCUCCUUCACCACAUCAGACGCAGUCGACUCACUGCCAGCAGCAGAGGCAGCCCUCCGCCGCAUCCUCGCCUGCCCCUCACUCGUGCUCCCCAAUGGCACCCCUCUGCUCUGA